AAACUAGACCAGGAAAUGCAAAGUUAAGAGUUUUUCCCGUUGAUGAGAGUUUCUGUUUCGAGAAACUCUUUUUCGGUUCAACCCGAGCCAACUCUUGAAUUAUAAAUAGAGCAGACCUACUUCUUCUGGUCGUCGACGACUUUCGUUCUUUUCCCUCCUCCUUUUCCGACUUUUUUUUCUCAUCACCUUUCCAUCUUAAUGAGCUUUUGUGUGUGUGUGUCGUCAAAGAAUGGGCACUUGUCCCGCUUAUUAUCCUUUGCCAUCACAUUCCAUUUGGCCUAGUCAUAUUCGUCAAGAAACUGAUCAUCGCCAUUUUCUUUUCAUUCACAAUAUUUUCUAGAAAAGAUACCCUGGUGGCCGAAAUUGACAACUUGUUUGAAGCAGAAGACGAUAAAAUAACAGCACGAAAAUGCGAGAAAAUGAAUUGGAAAGUGAAAAUCAUCGCACUCAUGCUUUUGAAUGGCGUUCAGACGACACGUGUCUUCUAUGCCUAAUUGAGAUUAUCCAAGCUGAUUCCAGUACUAGUUUGAGGAUCCAUCGCCGUUUCGCCCUGGCUACACUCAACCAUAGACUCAAUCCUGACGUCAUUCGACCGUCCCUGCAAGAAAGAAGCAGCAGCAGCCACAAGAAUGUAGCCAGAUUGUUGCAGAAAAAUCGCAAUGUUUCCUCACAAGUCCUCGACACACUGCUUGACAGUUUAAGUUUAAUUGACGUUGUUGAUUUGGCGAUUGAAGCAGUCUACCGACUCUAUCGUCACGUUCUACGAGAUGAAUUCGUCUUGGAUCAAGUGCUGACGCACUGUAUUCAGAAGAUUGGACAGAACCUGGACCAACCGGAAAAAUGGGUGCCUUAUCUGAGUGUCAUGCAGCGUCUUGCGCAUCUCAACCCAUCUGCCAUAGCAUUGGCCAUCAACCAAAACGCCAAGCUGAAAAACGAGAUGGUGGAACACUUGAGCGAUCACCUGACUGAGUUCGUCUCGUUACACGUCAUCGCCUUGCUGGAUCCCAUCGUCAGGAACGACGGAGAUGAAAUUUUCAUACGGCCAAGCAGACGGUCGAUCCUGAUGCUCCAAUUGGCUCGCCUACUCGAAACAGCUCAAUGCCAACAGUUAAUCUGCGCCGUUUUGGGUUUCGCUCUAAUGCUUUGGAUCAAAGAGGAUUUGCAACAGCUCGGUCAUCAGCAGGACAAUAGCGGCAUGCCGAAAAUUCAACAGCUGUUGCUAACCACGACCAACGGGCUGAAACGGAUCGUACUUCAGAGCCAACCAGACAUCCAGGUGGCUGCUUUACAGGUGCUGGAUGCCGUACUGCUCCAAUGUCGCCAGCUGACGGACGGAUCACGGAUGAUGGCCAUCUUGAUGGAACAACAAGAUGUGGCCGAAUUGAUAUACGAUGUCCUUUACAGCAACCAUCUGCCGUUAUUGGAGUUCGCUUUGCGUUGUUUGCAUCACUUGUCCCGCUGUCCGCUUUUCUUCCAGCAUCGAUGCGUCAUCUUGGGGGUGGAACCUUUGCUCCGAGUCAUUCCUCACCUGGCUAGCAGCAACGCCAGCGCGUUGAUCGUAGCCUACGCCGUCCACCUCCUCAGCGACAUGUUGUCCAAGUACGACGGAGAAGAGUCUCUUCUGCAGCGUUGCAUUUCUACGGAUCGCUUGAACGACGGAUUCUCCGCAGCUUGUCAAAUCGCUUGCAUGGCACUCAAUUCGUGUGCUGUUCAUCUGGAAACGGGCGGGGCUUGCUUGUUGGCCGCUCUGCUAGACAAGAAAAACUUGCCUGUUCCGAUCCCGGUGGAGCGCGUCAUGGAAUUGAUCCGAUCCUGUCUCCAUUCUUUGGCUCCUCCAGACAAAAAGUGGAAAAGUGAGACGGGCAGAAUCCAUCUGCAAGGAUUGAUCCAAAUGUUUUCUUCUGCCAUUGCAUUGAUUGGCUAUUUGACGGACGACCCUUGCACACGUUUGAGCUCGUACGCGUCCACCAACAGCGACCAAGUGACGUCGCAUCAAGAAUCGUUCGAUAAAUUGAUUGAUUUCGUUGUCACUUCGAUCGACCAGCUCAUUACUGCGUUCCAGCAAAUCGAUAUAGAUUCUCUUUGGUCUGAGCUGUUUCGCUUGCUGGCCCAAUUAGCGUCCAGCUCAGACGCUGGUGCCAUGUACGUCCAUGGUGCUUUGAAGGCCGGCUUCUUGUUGAAACGAUGCUGGACAGCGAGAGGAGGAUCAUCGGCAUUAGAAAAGGAAGCAGCCGAUGACCUGCUGACUUGGUUUCUGGUUGGCUCGCUCAACGGAAACCAGAAUCCUGGCUCGGCAUCGAUGCGUGCCACUCUUCGCGGCUUGGUGCGAUCCAUCCCGUCCAGCGUAGCGCAAUUGGGCGACUGGAUAUCGCACGGAGAUAAGAGGUCCCCGUUCGGCGCCAAGUGCUCCGCCCUCGUCCUGCUUUAUCAACUGGAACUAUGCGAGACAUCAAAAGACGUCAGAUUUGUCGGCGAGCAUUCGGAUGACAUCCUCGCGGCCAUUGCUGAUCUCAUGCUGACUCGUUCCCCUUGCGACAUGGACGAUCCCGAUCUUCUACGCUCCGUCUGGUUCCUUAUUGCUAGAUACAGUGAUGGAUGCGUCCACGAAGCGUCCAAGGCUUUUGUCCAUCUGGUGAAAUGGUUCCAGCCCAAUAGUUCGCUGCUGUUGCCCUGGCUCCGCCGCAUUUACACGCCCCAUCUGUGCUUGAUGCGAUGGGCCUUCGCCAUCAAAGAGAUCGCCGUCUACAUCGGCUCGUACAUGAUUCGCUUGUGGAUCGAUCGCGAUGAAGAUGCUAGACAAGCAGAAAGUCUUGUGGAACUGUGCUUGCAAAGGACCGACGACGUUUUACUCAUGAGCGUUUUCGAUUUGGCUUUUCACGAAGAUGCCAACGUCAGCUGCUGCGCCGUGACCGUCCUGGAGCGAGUGGCCGAUCGAAACGAGGCUAUGCGUGUGGCCAUUGGCCGUAUGAUCAAGUACAACAUUCCACGAUUCCUCCGGCUGACAGAUGUCGCUGACGACAAUUACAGUCGAUUGAUAGGAUCGUUGCGUUUGCUGUGUCGCUUGUCGUCAUCGAAUCAUCAAUGUUCAGGGCCGGCGGAUGCCGUCGUUUUGCGAGAUUCGAUUUCAUCUUGGAAAGAUCCGGCCAUCAUCGCAGCGUUGGUCUCGUUCCUGCCUCGCACCAUCCAAUUUGGUGAGCACCAGUUGAAAUUGGGCGCUAUGGAACUGUGGUCGUGGAGUUGCCGUUACCUGACGUCCGUCUUCACUAGAACAGAAACGGAUUUUUCUCUUCUGCUCAGCCAAAUUGUUCUGGAGAAACGUAACUUUCUCGAGUUUGUUGACGAUAUUUACCGUCGUGACGAGCUUCCAGUUUGGAAAAACGUGGUCCAGUUAGUUGCAGCCAUGGCCGCUUUUCAUCAUCUCCACUGCUCAAAGGUCGUUUCGCCCAUUCGCGUUUCCAUGGUCCGGCUUAGUAGGAAACUGACGGCCGGGCUGGUUGGCAGGGACGUCGAUGCUGACGAGACGUUAGACGUGAUCCUCGAGCUGCUCGCGUGGCUGCUCGACGGCCAUUCAAAGUCUCGUCUGGUUAUCGAUCCUUCGUUUGACGAUGACUCGCGCACAAUACAACACUGUUGCAGCCGAGAAAAGAACGCUUUGCUGGAACACUUGUGGGCCGUCUUGGUCAAUUGGACGGCGCGUGCUGGCGAUGCGUCGUCGACCCGCAAUCGCCUCUUGGCCUGUCUGACGCAACUGAUGCGCUCCUGUCAGCGAUCCUUGCCGCCCGCUCAGUUCGGCUUGUUGGCUUCACAGCCGUGGAAUUAUACGCUUGUGCUCGAUGCUCUCCGUUGCCCGUCUGGAGCAAGCCAAGAAGCCCUCGAGCUGGCCACCGCAUUGAUCCACUACUCCAAGACGACGACGACGAUGAAAUCUUGCGGAGCUCACCCGUGGUCCAUCCAACUGGAAGAAGCACUGAGUCGACAUCCGCCAUCACAUUAACGGAUUUUUGUUUUCUUUUUUCUUUUUGCGGGGGAUGAAGAUUACAGUGUCAUAAUUGUCACUUUUCAUCGCCUGUUCCAUUGCUCAUUCCGGAAUCUCCUAAUGUUUUUCGCGUGUCUUUUUAUGUUUUAGGCUCUUUGUAAAUGACCCUCUGCGGCGCAAGCGCGAGUAUAUGAAGGCGGCGGUUUACUCCCGAAAGGGAAGAAGAAAAGAGGAAGAAUAAAAGAAGAAGAAGAAGAGGAGAAAGGAAAAGGGAAAAUUUUACCGUUAGGUCGACCCUUUAAAAAAAAAAAAAAAAAGGAAAAAAUAAAAUGCAAGAGAGGGGAGGAGACAUGGAAGGGAGGAGCUUAUACAUGUUGAACACGCACCCCAAACGGACUGUUCCAGAGGAGUCGGAUGGCGAAACGGACGUGAAUCGGUAGUCGAGUGUGUUGCUGCCAAGCCUGACGGACGUGUGUUACUUUUUUUGUUGUGAAAAAAAAAAAAAAAUAGAAAAAACGUUGUGUUUCUUUUUAAUUUUGCCAUCACGUAAGGAUAUG